AUGGCUUCCCUCGCAGCGCCCGCCCGUCGCGCCGCCGCACGAACGGCAUCUGCUACAUCCUCUGCGCGUCUGGGCCAGCUACGCAGCCACUUCAGCACAACAGCUCCCGCGCGAAAAGAGAUACAGGAAGCUUACAUUUUGUCUGCGGCGCGUACACCGACAGCCAAGUUCAAUGGCUCCUUUAUGAACAUGUCAGCACCCCAGCUCGGCGCUGUCGCCAUAAAAUCAGCCCUCGAGAAGUCCAAGGUACCCGUCGAGAAGAUCACAGACGUUUACAUGGGCAACGUCCUCUCCGCAAACGUAGGCCAAGCCCCAGCUCGACAAGCGACCAUAUUCGCAGGUCUCCCACCCAGCGUCGAGGCUGUCACCAUCAACAAAGUAUGCGCCUCCGGCCUAAAAGCAGUAGCCGUUGCAGCACAGAACAUCCAGCUUGGCCUCGCGGAAGCACAGAUAGCCGGUGGCAUGGAGUCAAUGUCUCGUGUCCCCUACUACCUACCUCGAGCCGCCCAGAACCCGCCCUUCGGGCACAUCAACAUGAAGGACGGCUUGAUCGAAGAUGGCUUAUGGGACGUGUACAACCAAUUCCACAUGGGCAACUGCGCCGAGAACACCGCCAAAAAUUACAAGAUCUCCCGUGAGGCCCAAGACGCAUAUGCAAUCCGGUCCUUUGAGCGAGCACAAGCCGCUUGGGCAGAGAAUAAAUUCGCGGAUGAGAUCGCCCCAGUCACCGUGAAAUCAAAAAAGGGCGACGUAACAAUCAGCAAAGACGAAGGCUACGAGACCCUCAAGAAAGACAAAGUGCCUACUCUGAAACCCGCCUUUGUGCGCGACGGGACUGGCACAGUCACUGCGGCCAACUCGUCCACCUUCAACGACGGGGCAAGUGCGCUUGUCUUGGGGAACAAGGAGAUCGCUCAGCAGUACGGCCAGGGCAGCCGCGUUCUUGCUCGGAUAGUCAGCAGCGCAGAUGCAGCCACCGAUCCAAUAGACUUCACAAUCGCGCCUGCCAAAGCCGUGCCCAUUGCGUUGGAACGUGCGGGCAUCACGAAGGAAGACGUUGCGAUUUGGGAAUUCAACGAGGCGUUCGCUGCUGUCAUCAAAGCGAACGAACAGAUACUGGGCCUCGAGAACGCAAAAGUAAACCUACUAGGCGGCGCUAUCUCUCUAGGCCACGCACUGGGCAGCUCAGGCUCGAGAAUAUUGACGACGCUGCUGCACCAGUUGAAGCCUGGAGAGUAUGGUGUCGCGGCGAUCUGCAAUGGCGGCGGUGCGGCGACUGCAAUGGUCGUGCAAAGGAUCGAGUCUGUAUAG